CCGGAACACCAAGAAAAUGCUUGGCUCAACCUCACAGCACACUGGUCAUGUGGCGCUAUCAGGAGUACAUCUUCGACAACAAGCAGAUGUGGUCAUAAAGAGGUUCACGAAUUUGGUCGACAAAUGCCAGUCAGCUAGGGAGAAUGACUUCACCCUUUCUGCGAAUGACUUCACCCUUUCUGCACAAAAUCCAACUCUUUCAAUCGACGAAACGGAGUUAAAGAAAGGCCUACUACUACAACUGGAGUCAUGCUUUCUACCUCAGCUACGACAGCAACUUAUCACUCUCUUACAAUUGACCAAUCCAUAUGAGUUACUAGAAAAAGCAGCCUCAAAAUUCAAGCUCAUCCUGGAGAUCCAAGCCGGGCUCGAUAUCACAUUAGAUCAAAUUUUAUGCGCAAUCGAUCUCCUAUGUCCCCAACCAAUGCAAUUGAACAUUGUUCGAAUAAAUGACCAACACCUUAAGGAACUCAAGCACUACAGGCUCCAUGGCCUAUGUCAUCAUAUCAAGGAACUCGUGCUGCCGGAAAUACAGGAGGUUUGUUUCGAUUCUACCGAGCUCAUUCGACGACUGAAUUUCUCAACGAAGACGUACGAGGCCAAGGACGAUGUAGCUUUGGCGGCUAGGGAAAAUUUAAUGGCAGAGGUAUCUAAUUGCUCGUAUCUCGUUGAACAUGGCAUCAAUUGGAUGGUAGCAACCGAACUUGAUACCACUCAAGGUAUUUGGCGGAAGCAUACAUUUAGAAUUGAUGAACACCUGAAAUACCUGUUGAUGUUGGACCCCACCAUCAACAUUCCACACAAACGCCCCCGUGGAUAUGUCAUUAAACUAGUAAAAUCCAUCGUACCUGUCGUCAAGCUUUCAAGACUUUUCUUGAGUAAAUCAUCGGAACGAGGUAUGAACAGAAAGCCACUAGUAUCAUUGUUUACAACCAUGUCUUCCAAUCAACUAGAUUUCAUUUCAGAUUUGCCUUCAAAAACCGAUCGUCAGCUCGCAGAAAUCGAGACCCUCUUAAAAGAAUUCAAUGGAAGCGCCCGAGAACGUAGCGAACUCAAAAAGGCAGUCCAAGAAAUCACAACUCGCUUCGAGACUGCUUUCUUGCUUAUACUCGUUCACUUCGUCCCACUCAUACCGGAUACCGACGUCUAUCAUAAUCAGAAGUACUUCAAGGAUUGGUUUGCCACUUGGCACACUCAAUUCACUAUAGCCAUCGGUAAUCUUUUAAACGAAAUCGGGAUCUUCGGUUCCUCUUAAUUUCCUCAUUGCAUGUCUCUCCUUGUAACAUUUCUUGUUAUCUUUUAUUCAUUCGUGCCAUUAUCUAUGGGCAAACUCGAUUAUAAGAAAUGACAACAUACUCGAUACUGCGCAAGAGAUACUUGCACAGAAUCACUGGUCCUUCAUUUUGGAUUGGCAUGUAGAA